AGAUGACACUGGAAAAUUUUCCUCGAGGAGGAAAAAAAUCUGAAAUUAAAAGAUCAAUAGAUACUUUAGCAUACAAAUCGGCAUAAUGUCAGAUUCGACUCCCGUCAUUAUGACGUACAAUCGAAUCUUGAAUUUUAUAAGGUGUUAAAUCGGGAAAAUAGUCGUUGACGUGUCGACGAACAGGUAAUGCCGCCAAAUAUCCUGUACCAUUACGUUUCACGAGAACAAGUAUCAACCAUUUAGUAAUCAUUAGAAUCUCUGCUUUUAAUGCGAUUCCAGUGGGUAAUUCUAAUAGUGUUUUUUGCUUCGAACUAAUGCUGUUUAUUAUUCUUGGUAGCAAACACACGUUGACAAAUUCAUGGAGUUAGCGGGACGAUUGCGUAUUCCAGAACUUGGAUUUUCUUGGGAUGACAAAACAAAAUUGGCCGUUUUUUCUAAUGCUGAAACGUCUAGCGAUGACGAGCAAGAGCUCAAAGAAGACCUUAAACAAAAGAAGAAGAAACUGAAUGCGACUGAGCGACGGGAACAGGAACGACAGGAAGAACGGGAGAUUCGUCAGCGAGAGGAAGCUUUGAUGAGCAAUCGGGCACCUAAUUCGAUCGAUCAGUUCGACAGAUUAAUUUUGUCGAGUCCUGAUAGCUCGUUAGUGUGGUUGCAAUAUAUGGCACAUCAUUUGCAAGCAACAGAAAUCGACAAGGCGAGAGCAGUCGCAAAACGUGCAAUUAAAACGAUAAAUUUCAGAGAAGAAAACGAACGUUUAAAUGUAUGGAACGCAUGGCUGAAUCUGGAAUCCAGAUACGGCAACGUCGAAUUCUUAAAUGAUGUAUUCCGGGAAGCUGUGAGAACAAAUGAUGCAUAUAAAGUAUAUAUGCACAUGUUGACUAUACAUGCAGAUGCCGGUAGAAAAAUCGAGCUUGAGAAAUUGAUAGAUACCGUGAUUAGUAAGUUUAAACAAGAUCCCCAGACAUGGAUAGACUGCGGCGCUGCAUUAUUGAAAAUCGGCAUGAAAGAAAAAUCACGGCAGAUUAUGCAACGGGCAUUGCAAUCUUUGCCUGUGUCUCAGCAUGUAAACCUGUUGGUGAGAUUUGCAAACUUAGAAAACAAACUAGGAGAUAAGGAACGAGCACAAACGUUAUUCGAAAACAUCCUGAGUUCUUAUCCAAAACGCAUCGACGUGUGGUCGUGUUAUAUAGAUUGCUUGAUAAAAUCUAACGACAUCGAUUUAGCUAGAAAAGUGUUAGAACAGGCGUGCGUUCAAACACUUUCACCAAGGAAAAUGAAAAUUCUUUUCAUGAAAUUUAUUAAUUUUGAGGAAAAAUAUGGUACGUCCGAGGCUGUAAAUCGCGUACGGCAGAUGGCUACAGAUUAUAUGGAAAAACAUAAGUAAUGUUCUUGUUUUAUAAAUAAAUGGCGUUUUAUAUGUGUAUGACAAAUAGAAUAUUUCUUUGUAUUCCCAGAUAGCAA